AUGGCGGUGACUCGACGCGGGAACCCUAGGGGCCUGCUGGUCCUAUGUCUCCUAGCUGUUGAGGCAUUGGCCCAGAACACACCCUUCCUGACCACCGCUGGAAGGUUCACAUCCGUGAUCACGAGUACGAGCACACCGCUGGGUCCAACGCCCUCGAAUUCAGUCCCGCAUCCAAGUCCCAGCGGUCCUCCCACAUCCAGUGACCCGCAGGCAAGUUCGACGCCGCUGGCGCCUUCUGGCGGUGGUCUUUCUAGCCGGUCUCCUAAUGCUCCGGGCACUAGUACUGGUCCCAACGGGGUCCCUGGUCGUCCUGGAGCCACCAGCAAGCCAUUCAACCAUAAUGGCUUCAGUGCCUCUCGCUCGGGGGCUCUGCCUAGGCUCCCCAAGUCCUCCGGCCGGGGACCAGCGGCUGCUUCACGUUCUCCGCCUCACACAACUCCUGCUUCGGGGCAGACAUUGAGCCCGGUGAUUCCUCCCGGUAGCCGGUCGUGGGUUCCCUCGCCAAAGGGUGCCUCGCAGAAAUCAGCUCCGACGGACUCAGUUAAGGCUCCCCCGGGAUCCGCAGACAGUUCUUCGACCAGUCACAAGCCUGGCAAGCCCGGUGGCUCCUUGCAUUCAACUUCGCGUGGGCCGUUGCCGGCGGGAGCCCAGAACUCGGGCCAUGCAUCUUCGAAGGACAGUGGCCCCAAGGGUCCGGGAGCUUCUGGUGCAGUAGGUGGGGGUGCUGUCUCCCGUGGAGGAUCGUCGGGAGGCAAGAGUGGCAGCGCUUCGGGAUCUUCUUCACCGACAGGCGGAAAGGCUGCCGGCGCGCCUGUCCCGAUCUCGAAGUCGACCACCAUCUAUUCCACUUUUGGGUCAUCCACCAAGGCCAUUCCCACCGUCAUCGUGCACACCGUCCAGCCAACUGAAAGCACCGCCACUUCUUAUGAAGCCGUUGGGGACUCAACCCGGGCCGUGCCUAUGGUGGUCACCAAGACGCCAACUGCCGGUGCAGGACUUGGCAGCCUGUCUUCCAUCACCAGCAAUCCUGCUGCACGGUACUCCGAAAAUGCUAAGACUAUCUCGCAGCUUGAAGACUACCACAAGUCGGCGGAAGGAAUCGAUAAGCUGUGGUCAAAAGCCGUGGAAGAUGACUCGGAAGACAGCUGGAACAAAGUGAAGGACUCGCUUCAUGCCCUUCAUCUCAGUGAUGAUGACGAUGGCGGAGAUGGUGAUGGAGGAGGUGGAGGUGGACUCUUCGGCGGCCUCGGCGGCCUCCUCGGCGGCGCUGUCGGCGGCGCUCUCGGCAGUUCUAGCAAAGUCGGCGAUAUAAUGAAGAAGGCCAGCAAGCCUCUGCAAGAUAUCAGCAGCAAAGCUAGCAACAUGGCGAACCAAAUCUCCAGUGCAAUGUCCAAGGGCGGAUCUGCGGCGCUUGAUCAGCUCAAAAAUAUACCAAAACCGAAUUUCAAGGCCGACUUGCCCACCCUUGAGUCAACCGCCAGCAAUGCGAAGAACGAAAACGAGAAGGAAAAGAACAACGACAGCGACAAUGACUCGGAUUCUGACUCGGACUCGGACUCUUCGACAGAUUCAGACUCCCCACUUUACCACGAGGCCCAACUUGAGUUCGCUCCCCCCGUUGUCUUCCACGCCCUUGGCCUCUUCCAGAACCAGGUCACCAACCAGCCAUGGAGCAUGUACUCGGAGACCCAACUUAUCUACUUCGCUUCCUUCGGUGUCUAG